AUGAAAUCUUCAAAAGCUGACUUACUAGAAUCAGAAGAUAUAUAAAACUAUGGAUCAGAGUCAUCUGAAUAUUAAGUUGAAUUGAUUAAAUAGAGAGGUAGUUAAAUAGCCUGUGCUGAUGCAAAACGUUACUAUAAAAUCCCUUUAAAAACGUAAAUUUUGUUAUUUUAGAUGGUCUUUUUAAAUGGAAAGAGAAUAAAACAAGUACAUGCAUAUAAACAAUAUUUAGGUUGCCAAGUCUUUGAGUAUAAAUUACUCAAGUGCAAAAUCAUUGAUUCAUUAUUAUAAAAAUAAUAAAAGACCAAUCCCAUCAGCAAUUUCAAGUAUUUUGAAUUAAUCCAAACCUUGUGGGAUCAAAUAGACAAAAAAUGGUAAUAAGAAUAUGUUUGUUGUUGUUCAGAUUCAAAAGGAAACAAUUAAAAAAUACAAUUUUUAUUAAUUACUAUAAUAACAACAUGAAUUUGGCAAUAUUUGA